AUGAGUGCCACUUUGACAUUAGAUGCCAUUGGUCGAAGAGUUGAAGUUAAUGGAGAACAUGCAACAGUGCGUUUUUCUGGCAUUGUCCCUCCUACAGAAGGUCUCUGGUUAGGAGUAGAAUGGGACAACCCUGAGAGAGGAAAGCAUGAUGGGAGCCAUGAAGGGACUGUGUAUUUUGAAUGCAGGCACCCAACAGGAGGAUCCUUUAUUCGUCCCCACAAGGUAAAUUUUGGAGUAGACUUUCUUACUGCAGUUAAGAACCGCUAUGUGUUAGAAGAUGGACCAGAUGAAGACAGAAAAGAGCAAAUUAUUACAAUUGGAAAUAAACCUGUAGAAGCUAUUGGUUUUGACUCUAUUAUUAAACAGCAAAGUCAGUUGAGCAAGUUACAAGAAGUCUCUCUGAGGAACUGUGCAGUGAAUUGUGCUGGUGAAAAAGGAAUAAUUGCUGAAACAUGUCCUAAUAUUAGAAGGGUAGAUUUGUCAAGAAACCUGUUGUCCUCAUGGGAUGAAGUGAUACGUAUUGCUGACCAGCUUAAACACAUGGACGUUCUUAUUCUCAGUGAAAAUAAACUACAAUUUCCUGUUGGCUCACCAUCUCUAACAGGAACAUUUUCUGCACUGAAGACUUUAGUCCUUAAUCGAACAGGAAUAACAUGGGCUGAGGUGCUCCACUGUGCCUGUGGGUGGCCAGUUCUUGAGGAACUGUACCUUGAGUCUGACAAUAUUUUUAUUUCAGAGAGGCCAACUGACGUUCUACAGAUGGUCAAGUUACUAGACCUUUCCAGUAAUCAGUUAAUUGAUGAAAAUCAACUGUUUCUAAUAGCAUAUCUGCCCAGAUUAGAACAGCUAAUCCUUUCUGACACUGGAAUUUCUUCUAUACAUUUUCCGGAUGCUGGAAUUGGGUGCAAAACAUCAAUGUUUCCUUCCUUGCAGUACCUUGUAGUAAACAACAAUCAGAUAUCACAAUGGUCAUUUAUCAAUGAACUAGAUAAGUUGCAGAGCCUUCACUCUUUGUCUUGCUUAAGAAACCCCCUGACUGAGGGAAACAAUGCUGAGACUACACGCCAACUCAUUAUCGCCAAAAUUGGUCAGCUGAAGACACUGAACAGAUGUGAGGUUCCUCCAGAGGAGAGGCAUGGAUCUGAGCUUGAUUACUGGAAAGCUUUUGGAAAUGAAUGGAAAAAGGCUGGUGGACAUCAGGAUCCAGAAAAAAACAGACCCAAUGAAGAAUUUCGUGCAGCCCAUCCGAGAUACCAGUUACUCUGCCUUAAAUUUGGUGUACCUGAAGAUGAGGAACUCAAAACACAACAACCAUUUAUGCUCAAAAAUCAGCUACUAAGUAAGAACCCAAAAUUCAAAUCCAGUAUAUUUCAAAAAUUAAAGAAAAUCAUCAUACCCAAUUCCAUGACAAUUCAAAAGGUGAAAGGAUUGCUGUCACGUCUUCUGAAAGUUCCAGUAUCAGAACUUCUGUUGUCCUACGAAAGUACCAAAAUGCCGGGGAGAGAAAUUGAAUUAGAAAAUGACCAACAGUCAUUACAGUUUUAUUCUGUGGAAAAUGGAGAUUGUCUAUUAGUGCGAUGGUAA